AUGGGAUUAUUUUUCCUAUCGGUGAUCAGCUAUGCAUUGUACAAAAUAAUCAAGAAAACUAAAGCCAAGAAAAGGAAACAAAGAUUUUUUAAACGCAAUGGUGGUCUACUUCUUAAACAACAACAAGAAACUGAUAUCGGUUUAGUUGAUAAAACCAUACUUUUCACUUCCAAAGAAUUGGGGAAGGCCACCGACCAAUUUAAUGAGAAUAGAAUUCUUGGUCGAGGAGGUCAAGGUACAGUAUAUAAAGGUAUGCUAGCUGAUGGAAGGAUCGUAGCAAUAAAGAAAUCGAAGGUUGUUGAUGAAAGCCAACUAGAAGACUUCAUCAAUGAGGUAGUAAUUCUCUCACAAGUCAACCAUAGAAAUGUGGUCAAACUAUUGGGAUGUUGCCUAGAGACCGAGGUCCCACUACUUGUCUCUGAGUUCAUCCCAAAUGGUACGUUAUAUGACCUUAUUCAAGAUGAAUCUGGCGAGUUGUCAGUCUCUUUAUCAAUGCGAUUACAAAUUGCUACAGAGGUUGCUGGAGCACUUUCUUACUUACAUUCAGCAACCUCCAUUCCGAUAUACCAUAGGGAUGUCAAGACGACUAACAUACUUUUGGAUGAAAAGUAUAGAGCCAAAGUUUCUGAUUUUGGAACUUCAAGAUUUGUAUCAAUAGAUCAAACUCAUUUGACUACCUUAGUCAAAGGUACAUUUGGUUACUUGGAUCCAGAGUACUUUCAAUCGAGCCAAUUCACUGAAAAGAGUGAUGUAUAUAGUUUUGGUGUUGUUUUAUUGGAACUCUUGACAAGUGAAAAGCCUAUUUCCUUUACUAGAUUUGGUGAAAAUAGAAAUUUGGCUACAUACUUUAUGUUAGCCAUGGAAGAAGGUCAUGUGAUGUCUAUUUUUGAUGCAACGGUUGUUAAGGAGGGUUCUAGGAUUGAGUUGCUAGCUAUAGCUAACUUAGCAAUGCGAUGUUUGAACUUUAAUGGGAAAAAUAGGCCAACAAUGAAAGAAGUUGCCACUGAGUUAGAAGGCAUCAGACUAUCAUAUGUUCCCUCUACAGAUCAAAUUAAUUUUGGACAUGUGAAGCAACACGAGGAGGUAUUGCUUUCAUAUGGUGACUCAACAUCAACAUCAACAUCAUUCACAUUCGGCGACAACCCUAGUCGUUGA